AUGGACGCGCCCCGCGGCGGCGGCGGCCACAUGCGGCGGCCGGGGCCCUCCGGCGCGGCGGCGGACCAGCGCCGCGCGGCCGCGGCGCAGGCGAUGGCGCGCAUGGAGGAGAUGAUGCUCGCGCACGCAGGCGCCGCCGGCGAGUUCAGUAUCAUCCUCGACGCCCCUCUGCCUUCGCUCCAGCAGUACCGCCGCAACCCCGCGCCGCCGUCGGGCGCCACGUCGGCAUCCUCCUCCACCAACUCCUCCCCGUUCCGACGCGGCGCGCAGGGCGGCGGCGGAGGACGGGACGAGGGAGUCCCCGCGCGCUUGCGCCGCGACGGGAGCGGGAGCGGGCACGACGCUCUUGACGACACGGACACCGCCGCGGCGCGCACCUCUCGCCGCGGCGCGGUCGAUGGAACGGGCGCGGGCGCGGCACGGCCGCGAGCGGGUGGCGCGCGCCGCGAGCGCGAGCAGGAGGAGACGGUAGAGGCGCCGGUGCGGCUGACGGACCCGCGGAGCGUACGGAGGCCGGUCUCCCGCGGCGCGACGCCUCCACCGAGGUCCACCGAGGUGAGACGCGUGGCGGCUCAGGAGGAGGAACAGCGUGCCGUGCGCCGCGAGCGCGAGCAGGAGGAGACGAUAGAGGCGCCGGUGCGGCUGACGGACCCGCGGGUCGUUCGGAGGCCGGUCUCCCGCGGCGCAACGCCUCCACCGAGGUCACGCGUGGCGGUUCAGGAGGAGGAAGAGGAGACGCCGCUUCAGCUGCUGGCACGCGGCGGGCGGAGCUCAAGCGCGACGAGGUCUGUAGAAGCGCCGCAACCGACGGUAGCGCCGCAAGCGUCAGAGACCGUGGCUGCUGCCAGCCUGCCUGCCACAAGGCCCUCUAGUCGGCGGUCGAGGCGGGACGUCGGCGUGAAGCAAGUUGUGUCUGAGGUAGCGUCGAGCGUGGACUCUGACGUGGAGAGCGUCGGGCGGUGGAGCAGCCGAGGGAGUGAGGACGGUGGGGAUGAGGCAGUGUCGUUGCCCAAGCCUUUGGCGGCCGUCGUCGCCAGGGACCGGAGCAGGAGCAAUUCGCCCGCGAUAAGUCGGAAUGGUGUGGACUCAGCUGCAGCAAAUCGUGCACCAUCAACAGGAAGGUCAACCUUUGCACCUCCAGUUGGCGUUAGUGUGAGGCCUCUACAAGCUGUGGAAAUUCCCAAUGGGACACCUAAGGAUAGAAGGGCUGUUUAUCCAGAUCCCACUUUUGCCCAGUCCGCACGGUCACGGGACUCACAUGACAGUUCAACACUAACAGAAGAGCUUGAAAUGCUAAAAGAUGAGAACGUAAAUCUUCUGGAGAAGCUUGGGCUAGCAGAAGAGAAACUUAGACAAUCUGAAGCCCGGACAACGGAGCUUGAGAAACAGGUUGCUAAUCUCGGUGAUGGGUUAUAUGGAAGUAAAACUUAUGAAAAGCAAGAGAUAAGAAAAGCUCUUAUAUCCAAGAAUGGUAAAAGUGAGGAACUCACCACUCUUCAACAACAGCUACAGUCUGCAAGAGAAGAAGCAUCUGCUGCUGUGAAGAAACUCAAAGAAGCUGAAUCCGAAACACAAGAGUUACGUACAAUGACACGCAGGAUGAUCUUAAGCAAAGAAGAAAUGGAAGAGGUUGUCAUGAAGAGGUGUUGGUUAGCCCGUUAUUGGGGCUUGGCUGUCCAAUAUGGCAUUUAUCCAGAUAUCUCAAUGUCAAAACAUGAAUACUGGUCUUCACUUGCACCUCUUCCGUUUGAGUAUGUAACAUCGGCUGGACAGAGAGCUAAGAAUGGAUCUGAAACAGAAAGUAAUGGUUUGGAAGACGUAGACAAGCUUGUUCAUGAUUUGACUGUUACAGCAGGGGAAGGCAACGUAGAAACCAUGCUUGCUGUUGAUAAAGGACUUCAAGAACUAGCUUUCCUGAAGGUUGAGGAUGCGGUACUUUUUGCCCUUGCCCAACACCAUCGUUCAAAUGUUGCUGGAGCAGCUGAUCCAGAUAUUAAAUCAUCUGGGGAUGAAAAAUUCACUGAAGCAUUUGACCUAAGCAAGGAGGAGGAAGAAGAUGUACUGUUCAAGCAGGCUUGGCUCAUCUACUUCUGGAGGAGGGCUAAAACCCACAACGUGGAAGAGGAUAUUGCUGAGGAGCGAUUGCAGAUGUGGAUCGAUCGACACGGCCAGCAACCAACGUCACAUGACGCUGUGGAUGUUGAGCAAGGCAUCCACGAGCUGAGGAAGCUGGGCAUCGAGCAGCUCCUCUGGGAGCUCUCCCGCCAUGAGGCGAACCUCGCGAAAGAUGAACCGUCGGAUGUCGAGGACCUGACCUAA